ACCUGUUGACAAAAAACAAUUCAAUUACCCUUUUUUCUCUCUGUUUCUUCAACUAGCCUCCAAGAACUCUUCAUAUUUUUCAUUACCACCUUCAACUAUGUGAAACAAAACACACUCACUUGUUGUUGUUGUUGUUGUUGUUGUCUUGUUUUGUGUUGUGGAUUUCUCAAACAUGAAUGCCAAGGGACCCAUCAUGUCAACCCCCACUUCAAGUUCAGCAUCAAAGUCCAGCGACACCGCCGCCGUCACCGCCGCCGACCAGUUUCCGGCGGGUCUUCGUGUACUUGUUGUUGAUGAUGACCCUACAUGUCUUGUGAUCCUUGAGAGGAUGCUCCGUGCUUGCCUCUAUGAAGUCACGAAAUGCAAGCGAGCAGAGGUUGCAUUGUCGCUUCUGAGAGGGAACAAGAAUGGAUUCGAUAUUGUUCUAAGCGAUGUGCAUAUGCCAGACAUGGAUGGAUUUAAGCUUUUGGAGCAUAUUGGAUUGGAGAUGGACCUUCCGGUUAUUAUGAUGUCUGCUGAUGAUGGAAAAGAUGUGGUGAUGAAGGGUGUGACUCACGGUGCUUGCGAUUACCUGAUUAAACCCGUGCGAAUUGAGGCUUUGAAGAAUAUUUGGCAGCAUGUGGUUCGCAAGAGGAAGAAUGACGGGAAAGAUCCGGAUCAAUCAGGUGGAGGGGACGAAGGAGAUCAGCAGCUUAAGGGAUCUGAUGAUGCAGAUUACUCAUCCUCAGCAAAUGAAUGCAAAAGCACAAAGAAGAGGAGGGAUCAGGAAGAUGAGGAUGCAGAGGACAGGGAUGAUUCUUCCUCGUUAAAGAGGCCGCGGGUUGUUUGGUCUGUUGAGCUUCAUCAACAGUUCAUGGCUGCUGUGAAUAACCUUGGAAUUGAUAAGGCUGUUCCUAAAAAGAUUCUGGAAAUAAUGAAUGUUCCUGGGCUCACUAGAGAAAACGUUGCUAGCCACCUCCAGAAAUACCGGUUGUAUCUUCGAAGAGUGAGUGGAGUUUCUCAGCCGCAAAAUAACUUGAACAGCUCCUUCAUCAGUCCAUACGAGUCAGCAUAUAAUGCAUCUUCAAUAAAUGGAAUUGAUCUUCAAACUAUUUCGGCACACAGUCUAGCUAAGCUUCAAGCAGGACUUGGCAGGUCAACUGCAAAAGUGGGUGUGCCCAUGCCUCUAGUUGAGCAAAAGAACCUUUUCAGUUUCGAAAACUCAAAACUAAGAUUUGGAGAAGGUCAACUGCAACAUAUGAGCAGCAAUAAACCAAUGAACUUGCUUCAUGGAAUCCCUACCAACAUGGAGCCAAAGCAGUUUGCUCAUUGGCACCAGUCUACCCAGUCGCUUGGUAACUUGAAUAUGCGAUUCAAUGCUUCUGCUGCUCAGAGGAACCCCUUUUUGAUGCAGAUGAAUCAUUCUCAACCAAGAGGUCAGAUGCUAGGUGAAAAUACUGGAUCUCAUAUUACCAGGUUUCCGUCAUCUUUGGUGCAGCCUUCUGGACCAAAUGGAAUUUCUAAUGGUGCUAUAGAAAAUGGGAUUACUGAUACCAACAACAUAACUCCACAAAGGUCUUCAUUGUUGAGUUUUCCCAUGAACCAAACCACUGAUAUCUCAGCCAGUAGUUUCCCCCUUCGAAGCACUCCAGGUAUAUCCAACAUCACUACAAAAGGCAUGUUUCAUGAGGAAGUUACUUUGGGAACUAAAGGAUCUGGUGGAUUUUUUCCAAGUUAUGAUAUUUUUAAUGAACUCCAUCAGAAGUCUCAUGAUUGGGACCCAACAAACAGUGGACUGACAUAUGAUGCUUCUCAGCAUACAAAUCCUUUACAAGGCAGCUUUGACGUCUUGCCAUCAAUCUUAGGCCAUCAGGAUUUUUCUUCUGCCCAACAGACUGCAGAAAAUAGAGAUACUACUUUGAUUGGAAAAGGUAUGGUCUCCAUGGGCGAUAGCAUGAAUCUAGGUAAUCUCCAAAAUGUUGGUCAACACCACCUCAAUACAUCUCUUAUUGACAAUUCAGCAAGGGUUAAGGCAGAAAAGUUUCCUGAUCCAAGCUCCCAGAAUAACCUCUUCCUUGAGCAAUAUGGGCAGGAUGAUCUCCUGAGUGAACUUCUGAAACAGCAGCAGGAAGGCAUCGGAGUCGGACCAAUUGAAAACGAGUUUGAUUUUGAUGGAUAUUCCAUGGACAACAUUCCGGUCUAGAACAGAUCUUGGCAGUUCUCUUUCUAAUUGCAGCGGCCAAUGUAAAUAGUUGGUUUUUCAUAUGAAUCUAAUCAUUCUGCAAUUAGCUAGUCUCGACUUGAGUUUAAAUUGUUCCAUAAAUAGAAUUUAGUUGAUGUAAAAAAUUCAGGCUUCGCGGAGUUGUUUUCUUUAAUGAUUUAUUCUGGAUGCUCAAGGGUUAAUGGAUGGAGAUGAAUAACUGCAUGUAUGCAAAAGGCAUAUUUGCAAAUUUUGACUGCUUUUGAUAGCAAAAGCCCUAGCAAGAUUCUUAGGGAUGAACUGCAGUAGCAAGAUUUUGAUACACCUGCAGACUUGUAGGACCAUUUUCUUUUUAAUAACAAAUUAUGAAUUUUUUC